CAAAUUAUAAAUCGAUGCUCGUCGAUGCUUUGUUUUUUGCUCGAAUAUUUGCAUAUGCGAAAUUCGGUCACACUCAUUAAAGGCCACUAAUACGUUUGCCGCAUUUGCUCUUGUGUUCUGAAAUUAAUAACCAUUUAGCUCGCAUCUAUCCUGAUUCUGUGAAAAUGGAAGACGGUCACAUGAGGGAAAAAUGUGAAACUUUGGAGCACGCAACUGAAGAUCUUCCACGACAAUUCAUAUGCGGUGUAAUCGAAGGUUUUUAUGGGCGACCAUGGACAACCGAACAGCGAAAAGAUUUGUUUCGCAAAUUAAAAAAACUGGGAAUGGAUUCGUAUAUGUACGCACCGAAAGACGAUUACAAGCACCGUGCCUACUGGCGUGAGCUCUACACUGUCGAGGAGGCAGAUCACUUAUCAAGUCUGAUUACAUCUGCAAAAGAAGCGGGUAUUGUAUUCUACUAUGCUUUGUCGCCAGGUCUGGAUAUGACGUAUAGCAGCCAGAAGGAGAUUGCAACGUUGAAGCGCAAGCUAGAUCAGGUAUCACAGUUUGGUUGUGAGGGCUACGCCUUGCUCUUCGAUGACAUUGAAUCGGAGCUGUCCAAGGCCGACAAGGAGGUGUUCCAGACGUUUGCCAAUGCUCAGGUCUCGGUGACCAAUGAGAUUUUCACGCAUUUAGGCAGUCCCAAAUUCCUUUUCUGCCCUACUCAGUAUUGUGCCUCGCGUGCUGUGCCCACUGUUGUGGACUCGGAAUAUCUAAAUACGCUAGGCUCUAAGCUGCACAAUGACAUUGAUAUACUUUGGACAGGCGACAAGGUGAUUUCGAAGAUUAUCACGAUUGAAUCGAUACGGGAGAUAACUGAGAUAUUGCGUCGUCCGCCUGUCAUUUGGGAUAAUCUGCAUGCGAAUGAUUACGACCAAAAACGUGUCUUCCUUGGCCCGUACACGGGUCGUUCGCCGGAACUAAUCCCUUAUUUGCGCGGUGUCAUGACUAAUCCCAAUUGCGAGUUCUAUGGCAAUUUCAUAGCAGUGCAUACAUUAGCCUUCUGGUCGCGCUGCAGCAUGGACUCGAAGAUGAAUAGCUCCCUGAGCGCUGAUAUUAAACUGGAGACUGAAAACGAGGACGAUUUGCCAGUAGAAUGUCUGUCCAAGAACGUAUACCACCCGCGCCUGGCUCUAAAAAACGCCAUCAACGAUUGGCUGCCGGAGUUUUUUGUGGAGAAGGAAGCCUGGGGACCGAUUACUAAGCCGCAGCCGCAGGUAGAGAUGGUUAUGCCCAUAAUACCAAUAAUACCCUCCAUCAAUACCUGCAUGACCCUUACGACGACAACAACUACGUCUACAAAUUCGCGCACAGUACCAGAAGUGAAUACCACACAGCUUCAGGCACUGGCAGAUGUGUGCAGCACUGUUAGUUCCACGCUGACGCCCAUUUCGAAUCCGGUGAUGAACUCUUUGAUGUCGCCAACAAAAGUUGUGACCAAUGAUGAGGUUAUAAAUCACAUACCCACAACCGUGGCAUCCAACAUUGAGCUGCCAAAGAAGAUACCCAUAUCGAUUGUGCCAGCGCCCAUAAUGGAAACUAAGAGCGUUGAGGAGACUAUCAAGUUAACCUGUGAGAUUUUCGAGCCAGCUAAUAAUAUACAGCCUAUAGUAGAUAUCAAUAGAGAUGAAAUAAUUGAGAAGCGGGAGCAGGUUGCCAAUUUGAAUGUGGACACAAUGCUAGAUGAACACAGCUUGAGCCCGGGCAUCAAUGAACCGAUGGAGUGUAGCAGCAGCAUCAACUCGCAAAUUUCGCCGAAGGAGGCCAACAAAUUGGUAGCCGAUGACGUGAUAAUGGAAGAAUCUGCCAAUGAUAUGAAUAGCAUGAACGUAGAAAGUACUUCAUCCUCACCCCAAUCCAGCGCGGAAAUGCAGGAGCCGGGAGAACUGGAAGAUUUAGCAGUCAAAACUGCGGGUCGAAAAAAGAUAACUUUAGAUGAUUUAAACCUGCUCUGUGAUCUAUUCUUUUUACCCUUUGAGCACGGAAGUCGUGGUCUGAAGAUACUCACCGAAUUCCAGUGGCUUAAAGUCAAUGCGAAUGUGUUGCUCCAGGAUCACGUUGUUGGUGCUGAUGCGGAAAAGCCUAUUAAGCCAGAGGUUAGCGAAUGGAUGCAACGUUCCGAACUUUUCGGAAAGAUAUGUGGCGGCGUCCAAGAGCUACUGAUAAAAAUUGCAUACUGUGAGAAUAAGGAAAUCUGCCAUGAUUUGUAUUCGUAUGUGUGGGACAUUUCUGGCGCGCUCUCACUGCUCAAUUGCUAUGUGAAGUGGCUGGCCUUGGGUCAAUUUCCACAGAACAUGGCCACCUACACGGAGGGUAGCUACACAUGGUUUAGCAAAGGCUGGAAGGAGGCAUUCAUGUCUGGUGAUCAGGAGCCUUGGGUAUUUCGUGGUGGCCUAACAGCCGACUUGCAACGGUUAAUGCCCGUUGAUUCCGGAAAUGACCUGUUUGUCUACAAGCUGCCCGAACAUCCAACGGCCAAUUAUUAUCUGCUAAGACCAUAUCAGAGUUCGGAUGAGUCAGACGUCAAUAGGAUUUGCACGCGUACUUAUUUGCAAUGGCACAGUGAGCCGGAUGACGAUGAGAUCUUGAUGCCCGCUCAGUUAGUCGACAUUGUGGCAGAUGUACUGGUGGGCGCACAUUUAACUCUUCAUCCGGAAUUGUGUUUAGUGGCCUAUGACAAGACUGACUCGAUUGUUGGCUAUGCUUGCGCUGCCUUGGAUAUCAAUGUCUUUCAACGAAACACAGAGAUUUGCUGGUUAACAGAGCUGCGUGAGAAGUAUCCCAGAGAUUUGUUGGAUAUUGUAGCCAAUGGUAGCAGCAACAAGUCUCAAAAGCUAAUUGCACGCAUUGUUGAGAGCGUGCAUACCAAGGCGGAUGAGGCUUGUCCAACAGAAGUAUAUGGCUCCUUUCCAGCUCUGAUAAGCACUGCUACACUGCGGGAAGCGGAGCAGCAUGAUAAUGGAAUUACUAAGCGUAUGCUGACCGUGUUGCUAGCUGCGCUCCGCGCCAACGGCUGCUUUGGUGUACAUGUCCGAGUGCCAGAGCAAGACAGAGAGCAAUUGAACUUCUAUACGAAAAUUGGAUUCAUUGAGAUCUACCGUAAUGAUGGCAAGAACAUUUAUUUGGGACGACGCUUUUAGCAGGCAAGACUGAGCAUUCGUGGCUACUUGAACACUGCCUUCACCUCUGCUAAUGCUUCUUCUACAUCUGGUCCAUAUGAUUUCCUAAUUAUCUUUUUAAGAUUGUAUUUAAUUACGUCUGUUUCUAUGUGCAUUAAUCGUUCUUAAUCUAUUUUACUUUUUGUACUCUGGUAAAAGCUCUUUUUAUACAAUCCUAGUAUUUGACCAAUUGGACAGAUCGACCGAUGCGUAUGCCGACUGCUCCAUGCUCUAGCAUUUACUUUA